UUGACAUAUGUCAUUUAUCUCGCCACCUUGAGAUUUCUUUUCGAUUCGUUCACGCGCCAUUUUGGACGUAGUUCCGAAAAUUUGUGAAUAAUCUCAAUAAAAUGGGCCACGCAAACAUUUGGUUUUCUCACCCACGUCGUUACGGACAGGGAUCUCGCUCAUGCCGAGCCUGCUCAAACAGACACGGGCUGAUCCGCAAAUACGGUCUGAACAUUUGCCGUCAGUGCUUCAGAGAAUAUGCCAAUGACAUUGGAUUCAAGAAGCUGGACUAAGGAGUAUGUCGAGUUCUAGGUUAAUAAACAUUUAAGCCCCUUU